AUGCGGGGAAAUGAGAAGAGUGCCGAGCACCAAAGUGGUGACUCCACCACGCUCAAUGAAGCAUUGCUCUCCACGCUACUACGUGAAAACAUGUAUAAAUUGCAGCCGUGGAGACAACAAGCCGACGAAUAUAGUCGAAGGUACGACGAUUUAUUCCAACGUGUGGAAAAACCCGAGAUACAUGCGAUUUUAGUGAAGACGUUCGAAGAAAGGAUGAAAUCCAAUAUGCCACUUUCACAAGAUGUGGCUUUCAUCCUCAUGACACUCCUCUACAGCGGAUCAAACCAUCCUCACCUUGUGCUGGCUGACAUGCUACUAAACAUGUCCCCUGAUGAUCGUCGCACUAUGCACAAUUGGGCGGUAUAUAGGGAUGCCAAUGACUUUGUAAAGGAGUCCAUGGCAACAGCCAUCGCGUCCGGCAAGCUUGCCUUCCCUCUGUUUCCAGGCACAGAAAUGGACACUCAGAACCGUUGCCUGAUUGAAGAUGCUAUGGGAGCAAAACGACUGGCGGAUAUGGGGGAGAAAACCAUGGAAGGUGGUGGCCCAUCCGAGACAAAUGAAUUCAGCAAGAAACAAACAGGGAAGUCACUCUACUCGAGAAGCGAUGCCCUGUACGACCAGUCCCCGCAUGCAACCAAAUCCCUCUGUGGAGGCGAGCCUUUUAUACCAGUAUUCGAUGGUAACAAUAAUCAAGCCGGAUACUGGGACGGAGCACCGGUCAAAGAGAGAUUUGACCAAUUGUACAAGGAGAUACAAUAUCUACGCUCCGAGUUAAAGGGUGUACGGGCUUCUGCUAACAAUGGAGGUGGCAACUACGCAGGAAGAAGCAACGGAAGCAACCGCCGCGGUCGAGGUGUUGACAAUGGCCAGCGCGGCGGGCGACGUAGUGGACGCGGUGGUGGCUACAACUACGGCAUGCAUGGCGGUAACGCAGACUACAUCGACGAAGACCUUUACACGACACACGAGACAAAUGUAGAGGCAAAAAACUGA